UGUCCAAAAUCUAUGCUUCAAAUACAUCGGAUGUGAAACAAAACAACAUAAAGGGAGACAUGACCAAACCUCAAACUCAUCUGUGUUCUUGAACACAGCUUCUCUCUUUCUGAUCUUAUCCUCUUCUUGAAUCUCUCUCUCUCUCUCUCUCUCUCUCUCUCUCUCUCUCUCUCUCUCUCUUGUAAUAUCUUGUCUGAAAAGCUAAUGGAUCAUCUCAAGAAAUCAUCCUCAUCAUCAUCAUCAUCAUAUAGUGAUCAAGAUCUUGUUGAACAAGUCCAAAUCAUCAAUGGCCUUCUUGAAGAGUGUUGGUUCUUUGAUAAUUUGCUCAACAGAAGAUCAAGCGUUCUGAGGUAUUCUCGCUCUGACCCUUCCCCUUCUCUUUCCUCGUCGUCUACCGAAAAACCCGCAAAUUCAGCUCCAGAGAAGAUUCUAGAAGAUUCUAAAGGUCGUUGCCUGAUCCGGGCACCAUCUCUGCCCCCUUGUGUAGAGAGAAGUGAAGGAAGAGGCGAGGCGGCGGCCAAGAAGAUAAACAGGCAAUUGUCCGAGAAGAGGGUCAGGGUUCAAGAAUCGAGACCCGGGUCUACAUACUUGCGGAAGAAGGAACCAGUGGUUCAAGACAAGGUGAGAGAAGGUUCUAGAAGGGACGUAGAGAGCGUUAGUGUCCGAUCCUCAUCGACAUGUCAGAGUUUACAGAGAACAAAGACGUUUCCGAGUUACGUAACAAGAGACGAAGCGUUGGACGAGUUUCAAGAUCAAGAAAGCGAGGAGAGGUUAGGGUUCUUGAUCCGUGAGGCCGUCGCGAGCUCUUCCGAGCUAAAACCUCGGAGACAGAAUGUGUCGAAGGUUUCAAGAAUUCCGAGGCACAGACCCCCGAGAAACUCGAGAUCAGAAGGAGAAAUCGUCGGGGAAACAAACCCGAGCCGGAGAAAGCUGCGGAUCAGGCCGAACAAGCCAGAACCAGACUCAAACUUGAUGAUGAUGACGACGAUGGGUUCAAGAAGAGAAAUGAAGGAUCAGAUAAGGUUUUGGGCGAGAGCCGUUGCAAGCGAUGCCAAGCAAGAAUGCUGAAAGAGCUUUCUCAUGGCAUUUAUCAUUAUUAGAGACAAAGAAUAGCAGUUAAAAUUUCACCAAAUUACAGCGCUGAGCAAAACUCCAAAUAUAUAUAUAAAAAAAAUUAUGACAAACCC